GUUCUAUUACUAACUUUCAAAUUUCUGCCAUUAUGUUUUUAGUUUGCAUGUUAAAAAGAUGCAAGAAACUCAAACAAUAAUCGUUACAUUUACUCUUAGUACUGUUUUUGUAGGUAUCGGUAUUGCUUUUUUCAUUGUUUCGGACAAUUUUACAUCAGAGUGUUAUUUUCGUAUGACUGUAACUUUUCUCGCUGGGAUGACUACAUUUAUGGCUGCCAUGUGGACCGGUCAAUUAUUGGAAUCAAACUGGGACGAAAUUACUAUGGUUCUCAAAGAAGUAAAAUGGUACAAUUUUAAUCAUUCCAAUAAGAAACUUUAUUUAUUUUUUUUAACAACGAUGAUGAAAAAACGUAAAAUACAACUCACCGAAAAUUAUUCCGUUAACUAUCAACUAGGAUUAGCCGUUGUUAGAGGAGUUUAUUCAGUUAUAUCGGUUGUCCUAAAUAAACGUGCAUAAAA